UUGAAAUUUACAGCUUAUAGUUGAAAUGAUAUUUAAAGUGCUUAAUAAUUAAUGUAUAUUGUUGUCAUAGGAUAGUAAUUUGUAAGUUUUUAAAAGGUUUAAGAAAAACUUGAAAAAUGGGCAUUUUGGAAAAGAUUUCAGAAAUUGAAAAAGAAAUUGCACGAACACAAAAGAAUAAAGCCACUGAAUACCACUUGGGUCUUUUGAAAGCAAAGCUUGCAAAGUAUCGUUCCCAACUUUUAGAACCAUCAAAGAAGGGUGGUGAGAAAGGGGAAGGUUUUGAUGUAUUGAAGUCAGGUGAUGCUCGAGUGGCUCUUAUUGGGUUCCCAUCUGUGGGAAAAUCAACUUUAUUAUCUACACUGACACAUACACACUCGGAGGCUGCAAGCUAUGAGUUUACAACAUUGACAUGCAUUCCUGGCGUGAUUGAGUAUAGGGGUGCCAACAUACAGCUGCUCGAUUUGCCCGGAAUUAUAGAAGGUGCCGCACAAGGCAAGGGUAGAGGAAGACAGGUGAUAGCGGUAGCGCGCACAGCCGACCUGGUGCUGAUGAUGCUGGACGCCACGAAGCCAUAUGUGCACCGCCAGCUGCUUGAGAAGGAACUGGAGAGUGUCGGCAUCAGGCUCAAUAAGAAUAAACCUAAUAUUUACUUUAAGGUAAAGAAAGGCGGUGGGCUGUCAUUCAACUCGACAUGUCAGCUCACAAAGGUUGAUGAGAAAAUGGUGCAAAUGAUCCUACAUGAAUAUAAAAUAUUUAAUGCCGAGGUGCUAUUCCGCGAAGACUGCUCCGCUGAUGACCUGAUCGACGUGAUUCUGGCCAACCGUGUGUACCUGCCCUGCAUCUAUGUCUACAACAAGAUCGACCAGAUCUCCAUACAAGAGGUUGAUAGGAUAGCACGUGAGCCACACUCCGUUGUUGUCAGUUGCAACAUGAAACUGAACUUGGAUUACCUGCUGGAGAUCCUGUGGGAGUACCUUUCCCUCAUCCGCGUCUACACUAAGAAGCCAGGUCAGCCACCAGACUUUGACGAGGGACUCAUUCUGAGAAAGGGUGUUAGCAUCGAGCAUGUGUGCCACUCCAUCCACCGGUCGUUGGCUGCGCAGCUGAAGUACGCACUGGUUUGGGGCACCAGCACAAAGUACUCCCCGCAGCGGGUCGGUGUAUCUCACGUCGUGCAUGAUGAGGAUGUCGUGCAGCUCAUCAAGAAGUAGCGGUAAGUUGCAGAGAAUGGAGUGUGGUUUGGUGGUCACUGCCGCUUUACCGUGAAUUCCCACUGUCGCAUACAUUUGUACAAAAUCAUUUAUUUUUUUACAUGAAUGAGAAAUAACAAUGUUUCGACAGUGGGAACUCGCGGUUAUACAGAGCUUGAGAAUGUUGAAAGUUUAUAAAUUCGACUAGCAAUAAAAAAUACUUAUAGCACACAACACACUUUGACUUAUUUAUGUAGUGAUUUUUAACCUUUAAAUUCAUGAUAACAUAAAUGUUAAUAUAAUUUUUCUGAACUAUUU